UGCAGAUUUCCAAGUUCCAGUGACGAAGCCAUCAAACCAACAAUUCCACCACGACAAACGACGCAAGUCCAUCAUUGCCAUUUCUUACCACGAAUUGAUCUACACUUUGCGAUACUAUCAACAGUUUCCCUACCGCACAUCUUCCGACCCCGCGACUCGAUCAGCACUCGGCGUCAGAUCCAAUCCUUGGUCGAUCCAAGCCCACUGCAUGCAAUAACCCCUCCUGACGCCGCUGUCACAAGUCACAACCACAACCAUACGAGCGAGCGCCACCGAGCGCCUUGCCCAUUUCUAUACCUCCGAUCUCGUUCCAUCACCAAUCCCGAUCCCAAUCCCAAUUCACCAAAAUGCAUCCUCCAAGUCCCAACCAGCUCCUAUCGAGCCUAGUCGCCCUCUGCGCCCUGACCGGUGCUGCCCACGCCUCCGAUGACGAUUCCUCCUCCCCAUCGCCCUCCCCAUCAACAACUACCACCACAACCUCCACCGUAACACCCUGCGUUGCCACCUCCACCAACGGCGCCUUCUACGAUCUCCGCCCCGACAUCGCCGUCAUCCCCGAAAAGGACGUCAAGCUUGCCCGGGGCACGCACACAAAAGACUAUCUUGCCCGAGGAUACGAUUACGGAUACAACAUCACGCUGAACAUAUGCGCCCCAGUCGUGAAAGGCGUGGAGGAUGUGGUGGGACUGACGAGCGAGGGAUGGAGCAAGGUCGGCGCGUGGUAUGAGAAGGGUGGAAAGGUAUACAGCCUAGGCCAGGAGUCGGGAGCAUUGACGCCGAGAGGAAGGAAGCUGGUGUUGCAGUAUACAGGAGGGUCGCCGUGUGAAGACAAGGACGACAAACGGAAACGAAGCAGCGGUGUUCACCAAGGCGCCGCGUACAGCAAAUAUUCCGACGGCGAAGACGAAGACCGUGACGACGACCAGACCGAUUCCGACUCCGACAAGAAAAACAGCAACACAUCCAAAGAGAAAAUCCGCCGCAAGUCCGCAACCAUCUCCUUCCUCUGCGACCGCUCCCCCGACAACCCCACCGCUGUCUCCUUCGUCGGCACCGACCCAGACGAAUGCUCAUACUUUUUCGAGGUCCGCUCGCAACACGCUUGUGCUGGAGCUGAGCCACAUAAACCGGGCUCUGUCGGACCAGGAGGAGUGUUUGCCAUCAUCUUCUUCAUUGCCCUGGCGGUGUACGUUAUUGGUGGUAUUUUCUACCAACGCACCGUGGUAAAGCAGAGAGGGUGGAGGCAGUUGCCCAAUUACACUCUUUGGGCCGGUAUCUGGAGCUUUCUCAAGGUAUGGAGUGCUAUUUCCUCUUGGUUCGGUUCUUCUGGGCGGGUGAGGGAUCGGAAAGCGAUGGGCAUGGUUUAGUAUGGAGAAGGAUCAAGUGCCAAGGCGUGAACUGGACACCUUCAUCAUCCUCACUUCGUCCUGCGCUCGCUUCCUGCCUAUGCGUCGGGGGUACCGAUCGUUGAACUCGUCCUCUCGUGGCCGAUACGGGAACAACGACGACGAGAACCGGUUGAUUGAUCAGCUGGAUGAGGAGUGGGAUGAUUAAUCUAGAAGUGGUCUUUGUUGUAGAGAUGGAAUAGGUAUGCUUAGGGUGCCUUUCUUCUUUCCGAGGCAGGUCCUUUUUU